AUGGUCUUGGUCACCGUGAUGAUGUGGCUGCCUCUUUCGACCCUCAACACUCAGGAAUGCAAGGAAGGAUGUUUCCGGGCAGCAACGUUGUCAGACGUUGCCCCCCCCCCCCCCCCCGGCCCGUUCUCCAAGUUAUCCGAAACCGGCCCAACGAUAAGAGCGAAGAUGACAAUCAGUUCUUCUCAAAUGUCCAACAUCACCUUUCCCACCGCGAAUAUCAACAUGCGGUCAAUUCGUUCGUUCAUCGUUGGGCUCUAG